GAGUGUUAUUGGCACGACAAAGGUAAAGAUGUCAAAAGACGAUGAUAGCAAACUCGCCCAUGAUGAAUUUGUCGAAAAGAGAAGAGCAUCUCUGGAAAGGUAUCUUAACAGAACGGCAUCAAACCCGACCCUACAAGUCGAUGCAGACUUUCGUGAGUUUCUGGAGCUGGAUGCAGAUCUUCCGAAGGCUACGGGAACCUCAGCCCUCAGCGGCGCAGGAGUUAUGCGGCUCUUCAAUAGAGUCGGCGAGUCCGUAAACAAGAUGACAUACAAGAUGGAUGAGGCUGAUGAG